CCAACCCCUUACCACACUCGAGCCCUCCCCCUAUCUACUCUCAUGAUCAUGGACGUCGAUUCCAAAGCCCAACCGCCUCCAGAAGCGCCUCCCCCUGGAUACCCUAACCCAGAUUCAAGGGGCGCAGGAUUCUCGUAUUCACAAGGGCCACAUCAGUCUUAUCCCAGUCCAGGACAACGAUCAUAUGGUCCACAGGCAGCAGGUGUGCCAUACGAUCAUGAGGCAAGAAUCGGUGAACAAUACAGGAACCAACUCUUGGCUCGCUGUGCUCAGGGCCACCAUGACCCAACGACUCACUUUGGCGUCUGUGGCAUUAUCUGCGCUGUUCUCCUGUUCCCAAUAGGGCUUGUCUGUCUUUUCUUGGAUACAGACCGAAAAUGUUCACGAUGUGGCGUCCCAUUGUAGAGGGAGUCAGCAGAGCAUCCCUAUCUCCGGAAAGCUGAUGUCGUGGGGCGCUCUUCGAUCAUCU